AUGCCAUGUGAGAGGUGUCAGAACAAGGGCCGCGCCUGCGUAUACGCAGGUGAAAGCCGACGAAGUGCUAGCUUCUCGAGUGGAACAACAGUCCAAGGCACCGAUCUACCGCAUGAUAACGAUGAUUUGACAACCUUCGGGCAAUCUUCCGUUCCGCCAUGCAAUCAAAUCGAGACUCAUGAGGUCAGUAUCGUGACGCUUAAAGUAUUGCAUGGAGUGACACUCAUCCAUCGUCACAGGCACCAUCUCUUCCAGCACCAGACAUCGGAACUAUUAGCCAGCCAGUGCCAUCGAUCAAUACGCAGCUACGCCCUGAUUGGCCAGAGGCCAUGGCACUCGAUAGACGCCCACGCUUGGAUAGGAGUUGAGCCAUGGCAGAGCAUGGCGGCUGACCAUGUUCUGCUGGAUGAUUUCGUCUGUCCUAGUCUAUCAUAUUCAACAGGCGACGGCACCGAGCUUCCCUCAAUACCGGAAGUAUCUACCACUACUUCGGAACAAUCGCCCGCCGCCGACGUACAGACUGCACGUGAGGAAGAAGGUACCAGUCAAACGCCUUCCGAGCCAACGCCAAUCCGGGAAGCCCAAAGACCCAAUUACACCAACCACACCGAGCUGUCUGCCACAUUUGCGGAAGUUCUUGGUAGUCCGUCUGCUUUAGCACGGGACUAUUCCAAUCCAAACAGCAGCACACACGGCCAACAGCCCAAAACAAAUGACUUCGUAACAGCCGGAUUAGCCAAUCUUUCUCGAAUAGCAGGUCUGUCCGCGAACAAAGCCAGUAGACCUGAAGAGGAUUGGCACCUCGAAGAUUACGACUAUGUUCCCACACUGCCUGAAAGAGUCUACGAAACAAUUAAGCGCAAUUUUGAGAUGCUCAACACGGAUAGUGGACUUUGCAGGAAGUUCACGGACAAGCAGCUACCCCCGAUAACAACCAUGAAUGCAUUCAUCCAGUCGUACUUCGAACACUACAGCCAUAUCUUUCCAAUGAUUCACCAGCCCACCUUCGAUACCGCGAAUGUUCAUUGGGUUCUCAUUCUUGCAGUUGCCGCCAUAGGGUGCGGUUUCUCGCAACUAGGAAACACCUGUACAACAUUUAUCUUGCAAGAAUUUCUCCGCCGGUCGGUCAGCCUAUGUGACUCUAUAUUGAUAGGUCAAUCCGUUCAGAUUGAGCUUGAAACAAACCCGACCCCAGAUUUGGAGCUUCAUGUUGCUCAAUCUGCAUUACUCAGUCAAGUCGGCUUGAUGUUCUCUGGCAACAUGUCUUUUGCGGAGCAUGCGCAAAGGAACAUGUCUCUCGUACCGACCCUUUGCAAGAAAGCCAAUUAUUUCGUCGAACAUCAUCCAAAUAACGUUACAUCUGGGGGUGGGGGGAGCUGGAAAUGGUGGGUUCAAGCAGAGAGCAGAAAGCGCCUUGUUCAUCUGGCAUGGGUUUUGGAUUGUCAACUUGUCUCCUUCUUCGAUCUCGCCCAAACAAUACUGUUAGACAUGUUGCAGCUAUCCAUGCCGUCACAUGAUGAGCUAUGGGCAGCCACCACGACUGAUCAGUGGUCUAUACUCUACUCAGAAUAUGCAUCCAAGAAAUCCAAGUCACUUCGACAUGAACUGGAUAUUCUUUAUCAACAGAAAGAAACACCGGUAGGAAUCACGAAUCUCAACCUAUUACUUCUCACCCUCGGUAUAUACCGCGAUGCACCCAACCAACAAGCCGCAAUUCAACGUCUCGAUAUUCUUCGGUCGGCUGAAGGCAUCGGGUCACCUACUGAUACCUUCAAAUCACUUAUAAACCAACACUACCAUGCUCUCAGCCUCUUAUCGCAUUUUCCCCUGAGGCAGCUCAAUUCAUUCUCUGGGUGGCGAAUAAGCCCGACCAUAAGGCAAACAGUGGACCGCAAGCUAUCUAUCUGGUUAGAAGAGAAUGAGGCUAAAGCCAGAAUUGUCGUGUAUCAUGCCGCCAAGCUACUCAGCUGGCUCCGAGAUCAUCCGACCAACAGCCAUCAUGAGCCCAUGGCUCUUCUAACCGGAACACUUGCGCUGUGGAUGUUCACAGCUCUAGGCAAGCAUAACAAGGCCGACUCGUCGUCCCGAUCUCUACUGCAGUCUAGCCCCGCAUCAGAUGGGACUCCGAAGCUUGUUACUCUCAGACUCGACAAAGAGAUUGAAGAGGAGACGCUCGUGAAAUGGACCUCAGGAGAUCGAGGUAUGAGGCCCUAUAUGGGGGGUGUUGGAUCCUUGAUCGAGCAAGGUGCCUCGAGGCGACUGGUCCAAGAAAGCCAACGAAUUUUUUCAUUGCAGACAGGGUGGUCUUUGAGCAUUGCUAUAGGUAUGGUGGUACGGGCACAGUACAAGAACAACAGACGGGGAAAAUAG